CUUAAGUUUUGCCGCUUAUUUUUCUCCUGAGCAAUUGUGUGUGUGUUUGUUUCUUUCGACAGGAUGACUUCUUCAGAAGGGGGAAACGAGAAGAGGAGGAAGCAGAAAGCAAAAGGUGGCCCCUACAAAAGGUUGAGGAAGAGGGGCAAGGGAAACAAGAGGAAAGAGAUGGAGAACCAUCAGCAGUUGGUUCCAGUGAGGGAGAUGAAGGAUUCUGUCAUAACUGUGGUGAAGGAAUCUUCUAGGAAUGUAGUAAACGAGGACAAGCAACGGAACAUGGAUUUGAUGAAUGUGAUAAAAAGUGAGCUCGAAGAAGAAAAUCUGAUGAAUGUGAUAAAAAGUGAGCUCGAAGAAGAAAAUCUGAAAAUGCUAGAUUAUGCAGAAAUGGGCAGCAUUGAGCAAGUCGAAAUGGAAGUUAUCGAGCAGAAGCAUGAAGCUGUUGUGGGAAAAAGAGAUUAAAUGGGAGGAUGGUGCAAAUUUCUACGGUUUUGAAUGAUAAAUUUUAUUGUAGACGUUACAUCGAAUUGCAAAAGACUUGAUAACUUCGUUUGUUUAACACUGGGUGCUCCUCGAACAUGGCCUUUUUAUUUUUUGAUAUAAUAGUCGAUAGGCGUUUUGUAUGUUUU